AUGUCCACCAACGCUACUCUCGGUACUUUUAGUUUGCCCGAAACCCUUAAUGAACCUAUGAGGAAUUAUGAACCGGGUAGUUCGGACCGUGAAAACCUUAUUGCUGCUUUGGAAGAAUUCAAAGCUCAGGCACCCAUUGAAAUUCCCAUACUCGUUAACGGGGAAAAGAUUCAUACUGGUAAAAUUCAAGAACAAAGAAUACCAUCAGAUCAUCAAACGAUUUUAGCUAAAGCUUACGAGGCAGAUUCUUCAAUCGUUAAAAAAGCAAUUGAAGGAGCAUUAGCUAUAAAAUCAACUUGGGAAACAUAUCCAUUUAACGAAAGAUCAACCAUUUUUUUAAAAGCGGCAGAUUUAGCGGCAGGAAAAUAUAGAUAUAAAUUAUUGGCUGCUACAAUGCUUGGACAAGGAAAAAAUACUUGGCAAGCUGAAAUCGAUUCCGCCGCUGAAUUGAUUGAUUUUUGGAGAUUUAAUAAUAAAUAUGCUUAUGAAAUUUAUCAACAACAACCUUCUAAACAUGCUUCUGGCGUUUGGAAUCGUGUUGAAUAUCGUCCUUUAGAAGGGUUCGUUUACGCUAUCACACCCUUUAAUUUUACUGCUAUUGCUGGUAAUUUGCCAAGUGUCCCUGUUUUAAUGGGUAAUGUAGUACUUUGGAAACCUUCUCCAAGUUCUUUACUAUCUAAUUGGGUUAUAAUGGAAAUUUUAAGAGAAGCUGGUUUACCUGAUGGUGUAAUCCAAUUUAUACCUGGUCCUGCUGAAGAAAUUACUGAUGUGAUUUUAAAAUCUCCCGAUUUCGCUUCUUUGCAUUUUACCGGAUCCACUCAUGUUUUUAAAAAUUUGUGGAAAGCCAUUGGAAACAAUAUCGACAUAUAUAAAUCUUAUCCCAGAAUCGUGGGUGAAACCGGUGGCAAAAAUUUUCAUAUGGUACACAAGUCUGCUGAUGUACCGAAUGCUGUAAAUCAGACAAUUCGCGGUGCUUUCGAGUAUCAGGGUCAGAAAUGUUCUGCAUGUUCUCGAGCUUAUAUACCUGAUACCUUAUGGGAUGAAUUUCGACAGCUUUUGCUACAAUACCAUUCCAAAAUUAAUGUCGGUUCUCCAGAAGACUUUUCCAAUUUCAUGGGAGCGGUCAUACAUGAAGCAUCUUUUGAAAAGAUUAAAGGUUACAUUGAUUGGGCAGCUAAAGACGCUGAUAGUGAAAUAAUCGCUGGCGGUACUUAUGAUAAAUCAAAAGGUUAUUUCGUUCAACCAACUAUUAUCGUCACCAAGAAUCCAAAAAGCAGGACAAUGGUUGAAGAAAUUUUCGGACCUGUGCUCACUAUUUACGUGUAUAAAGCUGAUGAAUACGAGAAAGUUCUUGAAUUGGCUAAUGAUACGUCUUCCUACGCUUUAACUGGCGCCGUUUUUGCACAAGAUCGAUCCGCGAUUAUGCUCGCUGACAGCAAAUUACGACAUGCAUCUGGUAACUUCUACAUUAAUGAUAAAUCAACUGGAGCUAUUGUAGGUCAGCAACCUUUCGGUGGCUCACGUUCUUCUGGAACAAAUGAUAAAGGAGGAAUCUGA